UCAUAUAACCACAUUUGCCCCCAUAAGGUCUUUGUGGAAGAAAGAUGCUGGUGCUGAUGAUAUUAGGCAUUCAUCUAAAUAUGAUGCUGGCUCAGACGCAGGGCAUAGCCAUUACGAAUGUUCACUGCCAGAAAAACAUAAGCGUCAAGUAUCAGGUGCCAAUACCGAGGACGAGAACCAGGACCUUAGCCAAUGAUUAUGUCAAUGUGAGCAAUUCGGAUGCGGAGGAGAUGUAUAUUGCUUUUGAAGAGCGUGUCAGAUGGGAUGUAGUGCAAAUGUGCUGUCCCGGCUACCGUACGAUCAUCUUUGGCUUUUGUGAGCCCAUUUGCCAGGAUCCCUGUCCAACGCACAGCUACUGCCUGGAGCCGAACAAGUGUCGUUGCAUAAGGGGUUAUGAGCACUCGCAUCAUCCCAAUAAACAGCAUCAGCUCAUUUGCCGUCCCAUUUGUCAGGGUGGAUGUCCGGAGCAUAGUUAUUGCAUUGCCCACAAUGAGUGUGAGUGUCGUCCUGGCUACAAGGAUGUCAGCAGCUGGUUCAGCCUUAGUCUCAACUGUGAACGCAUCCAGUGCGGCGUCGAGCAGCGAUAUGACAUCCAUCGGCGUACCUGUGUCAAGAUCGAGAUGACCAUGGAGGAGUUAAUGCAACGCGUCGCCGAGCGUCUUGAAAAGGGUCUGGAAACCGAUACCCAGCAACCGUUAGAGGAUCCUUAACUAGACUAAUGCAGCUUCAAGCUUUUCAACAAUCUUAUUUGCUAAUAAUAUUUACUCCGGUUUUAAUAUUUAUAAGUUUAAUAAAGAGACAUGAAAUUAACUGAAGCUUCGGCAAGACAA